GUAACCUGGUUGGUGACAGCCUUGUUGUAGAUUUGAUUGAUCGAAAUUUAGAUAGACCAGAGUGUAGACAAGGAUUCUUAUUAGAUGGUUUCCCACGAACAGUUCCUCAAGCUGAAAAAUUGGACAGUCUUCUAGAAAAACGRAAAACACAGUUGGACUCUGUGAUUGAGUUUAACAUAAGUGACAGUUUAUUGGUACGCCGUAUAACAGGGCGUUUGAUUCACCCUGCUAGCGGUCGAUCUUAUCACGAUGAAUUCCAUCCCCCAAAAGUUAAUAUGAAAGAUGAUGUAACUGGCGAGUCUUUGAUACGUCGCGCUGAUGAUAAUGUGGAUGCUCUAAAAAAGCGUCUUGAAUCAUAUCACAAACAAACAUCUCCAUUGAUAGAUUAUUAUCAGAAAAAAGGAAUUCAUUCUAAAGUUGAUGCCUCUAAGAGUUCUGAUGAAGUUUUCAAAAUGGUAGAAGAUAUAUUUUUGCGUUGUUCAAGUUCAUCAAAAAAAGACAGAGUAAUAUUUGUUUGAAUCAUUCCAAUUUUGAGUUUUAAUGUUUGAGGUUUUCAAAAUGUUGGACGUACAAAAUCAUACUGUUUUCCAUUUUCUCAAUAACUUUAGUAAUUAUAAUUAUAAUAAAAUGAUCUGAAAUUGUAAAUCUUUUUUAAUAGAAAAUGGUAUAUUA